UUGACGAAGAUAUUUUGUUCAAGGCUAAUAUCAAUUUAUCAUUUAUUCAUGUUGUUACAAGUAAAAAAAAAAAAAAAUAAAAAAAAAAAAAAUGAGAUGAUCACGUGACAGGAGAGAGAAAAUCCAAGUAAAGCACGUGAGGAGGCAAGUCCGCCAUCACUGUCUACAACAGUCUAAAACUUGAAAUGAAACAAGAGCUUAAACGAUAAGAGAGAUAUUUUCAAUUUUCACCCUCCUUUUCUCGCUUUCUUUCUACUCGUAUAAUUAUCUAUCCAUUCUUUCUCAAACGCCUCCUUCCUUCCUUCAUUCUUCAACCCCUUCUCUUCUCUCUCCUCUUAGCCCUGCUUCUUACUGUAGAAGGGCAAGGUUUAACAAUGGCGGCUUUUACUGCCGUUUCAAUUUGUCCUUGUUCCUUCUCUUAUCGUCCUAACCAUUUCAAAAACCGUUACAUUUCCUGUUCUCUUGGUUCUACUCGUGCCAACUUAAGCACAGAUACGACAAAAGUACCACGUAAAAGACAUGUAAGGCUUGAAGGUGCUAGGAAAAGUAUGGAAGAUUCUGUAAAGCGAAAAAUGGAGCAGUUCUUUGAAGGUCCCACUGGCCCACCUCUACGUGUUCUACCUAUUGGUGGUUUGGGUGAAAUUGGGAUGAAUUGCAUGCUUGUUGGCAAUUACGAUCGUUAUAUUCUAAUUGAUGCAGGAAUUAUGUUUCCAGACUUUGAUGAGUUUGGUGUUCAAAAAAUUAUACCUGAUACCACUUUUAUAAAAAGAUGGAGCCACAAAAUUGAAGCUGUUAUAAUUACACAUGGGCAUGAAGAUCACAUUGGUGCGUUGCCUUGGGUUAUCCCUGCCUUGGAUCCAAGCACACCAAUAUUUGCAUCCUCUUUUACCAUGGAGCUUAUAAAGAAGCGUCUGAAAGAGUUUGGAAUCUUCGUCCCAUCUAGAUUAAAGAUGUUUAAAACUAGGAGAAGGUUCACUGCGGGGCCAUUUGAAAUAGAACCCAUCAGGGUUACCCAUUCAAUACCUGAUUGCUGUGGGUUAGUUAUGCGUUGUAGUGAUGGUACAAUUUUCCACACUGGUGAUUGGAAGAUUGAUGAGAAACCUGUAGAUGGAAAAGUGUUUGAUCGCGUGGCAUUGGAGGAGCUUGCAAAGGAAGGAGUUACAUUAAUGAUGAGUGAUUCAACAAACAUCAUGUCACCUGGGAGGACUAUUAGUGAAAGUGUCGUGGCAGAUGCACUGCUAAGGCAUAUCUCAUCAGCCAAAGGAAGAGUGAUUACUACUCAGUUUGCAUCUAAUAUACAUCGCCUCGGAAGUGUUAAAGCAGCAGCAGAUGCCACGGGUCGAAAGCUGGUCUUUGUUGGAAUGUCCUUGAGAACAUAUUUGGAUGCUGCUUGGAAGGAUGGGAAGGCACCUAUUGAUCCAUCUACUCUGGUUAAGGUGGAAGAUAUUGAUGCUUAUGCCCCAAAAGAUUUGUUGAUUGUUACAACUGGCUCUCAAGCAGAGCCACGUGCUGCUCUAAAUCUCGCAUCAUUUGGGAGUAGUCAUUCCCUAAAGUUGAGUAAAGAAGAUGUUAUAUUAUACUCUGCGAAGGUCAUACCAGGAAAUGAAAGUAGGGUGAUGAAAAUGUUCAAUCGUAUAUCAGAACUUGGAUCAACAUUAGUCAUGGGUAAAAAUGAAAUGCUGCACACUUCUGGUCACGCAUAUCGGGAGGAAUUGGCGGAAGCACUCAAGAUUGUCAAGCCACAGCAUUUUCUUCCCAUUCAUGGUGAGCUGUUGUUCCUUAAAGAGCAUGAACUGCUUGGAAAAUCAACUGGUGUUAAUCACACUACUGUGAUAAAGAAUGGAGAGAUGCUUGGAGUGUCUCACCUAAGGAAUCGAAGAGUGUUAUCUAAUGGGUUUGUUUCUCUGGGCAAAGAAAAUUUACAGUUGAUGUAUAAUGAUGGUGACAAAGCUUUUGGCACAUCUGCUGAACUUUGUAUUGAUGAAAGAAUGAAAAUUGCUACAGAUGGUAUAUUAGUGAUCAGCAUGGAGAUUUUACGCCCUCAGGCUGGAGAGGGUUUUACAGAGAAGUGCUUGAAAGGGAAAAUAAGAAUAACCACACGGUGCUUAUGGCUAGAUAAAGGAAAGCUUUUAGAUGCACUGUACAAAGCUGCACAUGCUGCGCUGUCUAGCUGUCCUGUAAAUUGUCCUCUUUCACAUAUAGAGCGGACAGUUUCUGAGGUAUUAAGAAAAGUGGUGAGGAAGUACAGUGGGAAAAGGCCUGAAGUAAUUGCGGUCGCCACUGAAAAUCCAGUAGCAGUUCUUUCUGAAGAAGUCAAUGGACGGCUAUCUGGAAAGUCACAUCCUGGCUUGAAUCUAUCAGGGUUACGCAAGGCAUUUGACGGACAGCAGCAAAAGAAAAAUUCUGGAAGAUUACAAGAUGAGGAAGACGAUGGUUAUGUUUCUGUAGCUAGCAGUAGCUCCUCACAGCUGGAGUCUGAAGAUGAUAGUGAAUUUGAUAGACUCCUUAAAAAGGUUGAUGCUGCUGCUUCUACUUCUGAUAUAGAAGCAGACUCUACUGCAGAAUCUGAGGAUUCUGAUGGUUUGCUAGAAAAAAGUGGUGAAGCUUCUAGUUUGCUGGAGAAAUCUACAGACAGAAGUGAAGGUGUGGAAGUUAGUGAAGGGGAAUCUGAUGAGACAUCAACUCGUUCGUCAAAGCGCUCAAAGUCAACAACACGCAAUAAAUGGAAGCCUGAAGAGGUAAAAAAGUUGAUAAUGUUGCGUGGAGAGUUACAUGACAGGUUCCAGGUUGUAAAAGGACGUAUGGCACUUUGGGAAGAGAUAUCUUCAAGCCUUUUAGCUGAUGGCUACAAUAGAACACCUGGACAAUGCAAAUCCUUGUGGACUUCUCUGGUCCAAAAAUAUGAGGAAAGCAAAAAUGACGAGAAGAGCCAGAAAAGUUGGCCUUACUAUCAUAAGAUGGACAAAAUUCUAUCCAAUUUGGAAGAAGUGGUGAGCUCGUGAACUCGUCAAAAUAUUAUCUAAUAACAAGAUUGCUUUUUGAUGAGCCUCCAAUUACUAGUUACAAAGAUUUAGACCAUUGCCAUGGUGGCUUCUGAGUUCUGAGGGGCACAUAUACUGCACAAUGCAAACAUGAUGGCUGACGGCCUGACACAGAGGGAUGUAACAGCUUAAUUCUUAUCUGUUUAUUAGUGCCUUAAAUUUGUACAGGAAUUUAGAACAAGGUGAAAUUGAUCCAUUUUUGACAGGAUUACUGCAGCGUAUUAGCUUCUUUUGGCUGGGUCAUUUUCAGUGUUCCCGGUUUCUUGGUUUGUUCCAAUAUGGAGCACUGCUAUGUUGAUAAUUUGGAAUGCUAUCCCUGGAAAUGAAUCACAAAGGGUGAGGGAUGUGAUUCCACCCCUCCAUCUCUGCAAAGAGUGAUGGUUUUUGGGAUAAAGCAAUAUAAGUAUGAACUAUAAACUUUUCUAUGUUAUAAUACACAGCCAAAGCAAUUGAGGUUUUGGAACGCACUCAACACGCCAUGCGCACCUUGGUCAUGUUGUUGCUCCUGGGCUUGAUGUAAAAUUUAUAUAUUUAUAACAUUAGAAUUAGACUUAAACUAGAAAAAGAAUAAUGUAUACAAAGUGUUAAAGAUAAUCAGGCUGAACAAUUGUACUGUACAAAUAUAGAAAUUAUGAAAUUAUCUUUAUCAUGAACUUAGGAUUGGAGAUGAACCAUCUAGAGUUCACUCUAUCACAAAUGUAAUGAUGCAUACACUGAAGCACAGCAUGACAUUGAUAAUUAAUAUUUUUUUUCUUUUGCCAA